AGAAACUUAUUUUUCAGAUAACCUUUCUGCAUUUUUAUUUGUUUAAUGUAUGGGAAUUCAAAACUCAAAAUCUAAGCUAACCUCAAACAAAAUGCCUGAUCCAGUAAUAGUUUCUGCCUCAGCCAAGCACACAGCUUCCUUUAUCUUUCUCCAUGGAUUGGGAGAUACAGGUAUUAAUUUCAGAAAAACUAGGAAACAUCAGUUUAACACAUUUCUUUAUUUAAAUAAAACUAUUUCUCAUUCUAUUUAUCAGGUGAUUUGUCCGUCGGCUGGUAAGAUGCCGGUUACCCUAAACUCAGGAUUUGAGUCUCCCUCCUGGUUUGACCUGCUCACCCUGGACGCUAACGGUCCAGAGGAUGAAGCUGGGAUUAAGAAGGCUGCUCAGAUUGUUAUAUCCCUGAUACAAGAUGAGAUUAAGGCUGGUAUACCUGCAGAACGUAUUAUGAUUGGUAAGUACAAGGGAAUGAUGCACAGCAGCUGUGAUGCAGAGAUGCAAGAUCUCAAGGAGUUUAUUGCAUCAAGUCUACCUUAAAUCAUGCAUCACAAUCCACACUGCAGCAUCAUGCCUUUCCUUUAAAUUGCAUCAUGCCGAUAUUAUUCUAAAAUCAAGGAAAAGUUUUUAGUAUCCCUUUAUUUACCGAUAAGUAUGAUAAUAUAUAUCUAAUUUUCUGUUCUGAAUUAUAGGGUUACCCACAAAAGGAUGAGACUUUUAGAAGACUGAACAGAAUAUUUUCCGCCUUUGUCUUACAUUCCUGGUACCCUGCAGUUGUCAACUUUUUUCACUUACAAUUCAUCUUUUAGAUCGGUUUCAUGUCAUUCUUGUCUCGGCUUUUCUGGUUAACCCUUUAAAGUAAUAAAGAUUGCAUCUUUUCACUUCUCAGUCCCUAGUUUCAUCUGGAACAUCCACAUAUAAAUAGUAAAUAUGUUUGUUAGACAAAUUGUCAAAGCUCUGUCUAGCCUAGCAGAAUAGACCCUCCCACCCUGCAGUAAGCAGAUUAUGUAAUGGAUAAUUUUUUUUAUUUUAGUUUUAAUUUAGUUUUUUAUUUAAGGAUAAAAUAAAAAUUUUAUUUUUUC